GCCAACCCAUCCUGAAAUUCGUCUGCCCAAAUCAUCCUACCAGACCUCUAUACGGGAGCAAAAAGAGUGAAAUACCCUAUUCCAAUCACUUGAAGAACCCGACAUAUUGUAGGCAAAAUGGCGGGCCGACUCAACGAUAACGAAGUCGCGCAGGAGAUGUCGAAGAUGGUGUCGUUUAUCAAGCAGGAAGCAUUGGAGAAAGCCCGUGAAGUGAAAAUUAAGGCGGAUGAGGAAUUCAACAUUGAGAAAGCAAAAAUUGUGCGACAGGAAACAGUUGCCAUCGAAGCUUUCUACCAGAAGAAAAUGAAGCAGGCUGAAGUGCAGCGUAAAAUUGCACAAUCAAACCAUGUCAACAAAUGCCGUCUGAAGGUGCUCCAGGCACGGCAGCAAGUUUUGAACGAGUUGUUAGCGGAGGCUCGUUCUCGACUUGUCGAAAUUAGCAAUGAUCGAUCAAAGUACCAGACAUUGCUGAAGGACCUUAUUUUGCAGUCAUUGUACCAACUUAUGGAGCGGGAGGUGAAGGUCAAUUGCCGUCAGAAGGAUGUAGACCUUGUCAAGGAAGCUAUCGAGCAAGCCAAGCAGGCAUAUGAAAAGGAAGUUGGAUCAUCACCUCAUGUUGUCAUCGAUGAGGCCAAUCCAUUACCAGAGAAAAGCGCUGGGGGGGUGGUUGUGAGUGCUCAUGAGGGGCGGAUUAGAGUUUCGAACACCCUUGAGACGAGGCUCGAAUUGUUGGCUGAACAGAUGUUGCCCGACAUCCGGAUCCUUCUUUUCGGACCAUCUGAGAACCGCAAGUUCUAUAAUUAGGAUUAGGAUGGUAUACGUGGAUGCGCUAUUAGUCAGAUGUUUGAUGACCGUAUGGUGCUCUGUAUGGAUCAUUGAUAAAUAUAUUGUCCUUAACGAUUUA